UUAUUAGUAUUGAUUUUCAAAUUGCUAAAGGUUAUUUGUUUUAGUAGGUAGUAGAGUGUUACUGUGUUAGUUAUAAAUAGAGACCAUACCUAUAAACUCUUUAUACUUUAAGUAAAUAAUUUUACAAAUGUAUUAAAAAGCAUUCUGUGUAAUAUCCCUUUUUACAAUGGAUUACGAUUAUCUCAUAAAACUUUUAUGCGUUGGUGAUUCCGGAGUAGGAAAAACUAGUUUUCUCUAUAAGUACACGGAUGGCGUUUUCCAUACACAGUUUAUUUCUACUGUGGGAAUCGAUUUUCGAGAAAAAACCGUGAUCUAUCAACAAAACGGACGACAACAUCGAAUACAUUUGCAAUUGUGGGAUACAGCAGGACAAGAACGAUUCCGAAGUUUAACAACAGCAUUUUAUAGAGAUGCAAUGGGGUUCCUUUUACUUUUUGAUCUCACUAAUGAAGCAUCAUUUCUUGAAGUUAGAAAUUGGAUUGAACAGCUUAAGACUCACAGUUUAAGUGAUGAUCCUGAUAUAGUUCUGUGUGGCCAUAAAUGCGAUCUGCAGGAAAAGCGACUUGUAAAUCAGAAUAGAGCAAGGGAGUUCGCCAAGAAUUACAAUUUGCCUUACUUGGAGACAAGUGCCAAAAGUGGACAAAACAUAGACCGUGCUAUAGAAAUACUGCUUGACAAAGUUAUGUACAGAAUGGAGACCUCGGUGGAGUAUGCAAUGCUUUGUGCGUCAGGACGUCGCAGGCAAUCAUUACAAAAACUGCAGGCGAAACAAGAUAGAAAAAUUUGCACUUGCUAGUAUUUCGAUAUAUCUGUGAUUUUAUAUUUCCUAAUAUUCUAUUGUUUGUGUAUCUGAUCUCAGCAUAGAUUUUCUAUAAUUAUAAAUUAAGAGAAAAGUCUAUUUCACAGUUUCUUGAUAAACACUUACAUUUUAUCUAUUAAUGUGUGUGUUCUAGUUUUUUAGCAUUAGAAGUUAUACUUGAACAUAUUGUAUUUUCUUUCUAUUCAUACAGGCGAAAAUAUUACUGAGCAGCUAAUGUAUGAAUAAUGUGCAUUUAAAAAUUCCUAUAUUAUUCCUACUAAUUUUAUUUAAAAUAAAUUAUUUAUAUAUAACGGUAAUAGACAAAUUGGUCACUCGAGUAGCUGUCAAGAAAUAUCAACCUUCAUGAUCUGUUCUACUAAUUGACUUUUUGUUGAAAUCUAUCAUAUCAUGGUAGUUUUCACACAAUUAUAAUUUUUAAUAUAUGUGUACGUAAAUAUACUUAUGUAUCCCUAUAGUAAACGUAAUUAAUGUUAAUGAAUAUCUCUACACUAUUUAUUCGUUUUAUGCACCAUGAAAACAUGCCUGAUUGGUUUAUACUCAUCAUGACAUUAGAGGAAUAGUAAAAGGAGGUACAAAUGAUUUGAUCAGAAAGCUGUGAAGCAGGCUCUAGCAUAUAAUUUUAAUGUAUAUGAAAUUUGGAACCAAAUUUACCCAUGCAGGGGGAUACAUUAAGAGACUGAUUUAUAUUUUCAUUGUAAAUUGAGGCUUUUAUUUUUCCAUUACUUGUAUUUAAUUGUUGAAAAUUUUUAAUACCUAGGUGUUUUGACUAAAGAUACUUAAAGUAUAACAAUACUUUACUAUGAUACUGAUACAAAUAGGUAUCUCAGACAUGAUACUAAUGCUAGUAGUUUAUUUUUUGUGAAAUGGAAAAAGGUAAAGUAAUUAUACUGUAGUAGAUGUCGACUAGAUUGUUGGGUCAUGCAGUAACAAACAGAAGGCGCACUAGCGUUUGAUUGUUUCGUAUGAUUUCAAAACAGGACAACCUUGUAAAAUACCUUCCAUUGUAGCAUUAAUUCGAAUAUUUGAAAGUGUAUUUUAAUUUUUGUCAAUGCCGUAAUGAUUCUAAAUUUAAAUUUAAACAAUGCAAUAAUAUUGCAAAAUAAAAUUUCUAGUCACAUUUGCGAUGAUUCGUUCAUAAUUAAUUUAAUUCGCUACUUUUUAAAAAUUUUAUGAUAUUACAGUUUAGUCUGAUUGUUGUAUUUAACAAAACCGUUGCAUUUUAAAAUGAUCUAGUCAAUUGAAUAUUCAUUCAUUCAUUAUUGAAUCGACAAUUCAAUAAUAGUCAUACGAUAGAACGAAAAAAAUACUCUAAGGUUAGUUAAAUUAUAUUGUUUUAUGAGGAAAAUAAAACAAUAUAAUUUAUCUGACCUUAGAGUAUUUUAAUUGUUUUAUUUUACUGUCACUUGUAGUAUACAAGUAAGUAAAAUAAUACUUUAACAUACAAUUGUACUUCCAUGUACAAAUGAAUCAUAGAUAUGUAACGAGUGCGGAGUAUUUUUCCUCUUCUGUUGUUUUUCUGAUAAAAUAUCUAUUAUGAUAAAAAAUAGCUGUUUCUUACGUAAAGUACAGGGUUCUAAUUGUAGUCAAGUUCUAGUUAUGUGAUGUAGAGUAGUUUAUUUUGGAAUUUUGCUAGUUAUUUUAUAUUAUGUACUGAAAACUAAUUUAUUAUUACCCCAAUAGUUAUACGUAAAUUGUAAACCAUUCUAUUUUUAUGUAAGUUUACAAAUUAGCAUCGGAGAAGUAAAGUAAAGUUUGACUGUUCGCUACCUUUUGGCGCAUUACUGGUUAAAACUAUUCAUACAAUUGACAUUAAAUUUGUCAUUCAAGUAGUAUAUGGGAUAGAAACGCAUAUGAGUUACUUUUUAUUUCGGUUUAUCAUGUUAUCUUCUUAACAAGUGCGAUUGCACAGAUGAAAAGAUAUUUAUAAAGAAGUUUAAAUGCUUCAAUAAUAUUAAAACUUUGCUUUUUAUAUAUUGUAAUUUAAUUAAUGUAAAAUAAAAUAAUUGUCAAAAAUAUUAAUUUAAAAAAAAUAAGUACUGUACUAUAUUGUAAAGUGUGGAUAAUUGCAUAUUAAACUUAAAUCUUACUUCUUGAGAGUGAAAAAGCAAAGGUGUAAUAUGGGCUACAAAUGUGUUAUGAAUCACCACAUAUAUUUUAUAUGUUAGGAAAUUUACAAACGAACAAAAAAAGAAAAACGGUUUCUACCACAUAUUUUGUUACAUACGGUGACAAAACAUGUGUAAAUAACCUUUUUUUAAAUUCUAGAUUAUAUUUUAUAAAACCAGCUGAAACAAGUUGUUUAUAAAAUUAAUUAUCGCGAGCUAUAUUUUAUUUGCACGUGUGUGUUUUGCUAAGCACAAAGAUUUCUAAUUAUUGUUACAUUACAUUAAGUGUGUAGUAUUGUUUGGAAUAGGUAAACAUGAAUAUUUAAUAUGUUACAAAUUAUUUACCUGCUAUUCUGGAUAUAAAUUGCUUAAUACAUUAAGUGAUUUAUAUUAAUAAUAUGUUGAUUGUUAAGCAAAAUGAGCAAGUUGGUCUAAGGAGUACAUGAAAAGUUAAGCUGCUACCUAUAGUAUCAAUAAAACCCUAUGUACUUUAUUUACUACAUGUAUUUAUAUACAGUCUUUAAAAAUGUUUAAACGUUUUCUUUAAUUGGAUAACAUAAAAUAAGUAUAUCAAUUUAUAUGGUAGUUAGAAAUAUACUCUUAUUUUCUACCUAGCCAUCAACCUAAAACAACAAUAUGCAUAUUAGCUUAUUUAAAUUAUGUCUACUUAUUCAAUGUGUUUAUAAAUAUUAUAAAUUUCGUAAAAUAAAAUUGAAGUUCUAGUCAAAUAUACUAAAAUUUAUAACUGAUUUAUCUGCGUAUUGUAUUAUUAAUAUACUAAAUAUUUUAUAUAGUUAUUACAGAAAACUGUUGAAAUUAAAUAUAUGAUCACAUAACGUUAAGUCAACUCUAAGGAUACAAAUAAUUUCCAUUUAUUAUCAAAUAAAAAGAAACCCUAAUAGUAAAGUAAGAACGCAGGCACAAUUUAAUAUUAAAAUCUAACAUUGUUUUUAACAUUACAAAUUAUUAAUAGUACAAAAUAACUUUUUUUACUUAUAUUUAAAUUACUUUUACUCUUUCUUUUAAUUGUCAUGGUUGUUAGUAUGUUCUACAUAUAUAUGUUUCAUAUAAAUUACACUUCGUACAUAUUUAAAUUUCUUUUGAUAGUAUUAAAAAUAUCUUUCUAAGAAUAAAUAUACAAUCCGUGUACAUUGCUCAAUUUUGGUAUUAGAGUACUUGUUAAGUACCUAACUACAUGGUCAGUAUGUACUACUAAGUGUCCUUUUUUUAAACAUAAAUAAGAAUUUUAAACAUGCGAACUUACUAUUAUCUCAGACGGACAGAAUUUUUACAUAUUUUUGUUAUAAUUUUAAAGAAUAUAAUGAAACCAUUUCAUAUCAUUAAGUGCCCUUUGAUUUACCGUAUACCUGUUUAUAUAGUUUGAAAGAAAUAUAGCCAGAUUUUAUACAUAAGACUUAUUGCUUAGAUCAAUUGUUGUAAAAUAAUUUGUACUCAAAUUAUGUAUUGCUAUUUUAUACAUAUACCCUGUUUUUGGGGAACUAUGCUCAAAACUGUCACUUCGGACUGGUGUGCCCUUUUAGUUCUAAAUACUUUUAAAUAUUUGAAAUUCUUAA